AUGUUGAAGGCAGGGGCGGAGCCUACCCCUGGACAAAAGAACAGGGAACAACCUGGUGGUGGUGGGGAGGAUGGAGCUGUGUUUUGUGGAGAGAUCCUGACCUACACAUCAUAUGAGGGAGGAAGUGUGAACAUCAGAUGCCCAUAUAAUGCUAAAUACAAAGACAACACAAAAUAUCUCUGCAGAGGAAAAUGUUCCACAGGACUACUGGCUGAGGAGAAAGAUAUACCCAUUGAGUCUGCAGUGCCACCAAAAGAUCAGAGAUUCUCUUUAAAUGAUAACAAAAGAGACAACAUUUUUACUAUUACUAUCACAGAUCUACAAGAAGCUGAUGAAGGACAAUACUGGUGUGCUGUGAAAAGACGAUUGUCUCUGAGGGAUGACUACAGCGAGGUCUUGUUAUUGGUCAGAAAUGGCGAGUGCGGUUUUUAUGCUCAAUUCUCUUAUUUGUCCUCUGAUUUAGUGUCGCAUGUGUCUGGUGUAAAAGGAGAGCAGCUGUCAAUCAAAUGCCUUUACAAUUAUGGUGUCACCAAUAAUGACAAAUUCUUAUGUAAAGGAGAAGAUUCGACUUUCUGUGAAACAUCUGGUGUCAAAGUUUCAAGAAGAAAAAUUCCAAACAGUAGAUUCUCUCUGAGUGAUGACAAAUCUGGAAGAGUUUUUACUGUGACCAUCACUGAUUUGACAGAAGAGGAUUCUGGGAUCUACUGGUGUGGAAAUGCAGUACACAAAGGAUCUCAACCAGCACAUGAGAAGUGGAUUUCAGCAAUCAAUCUGACGAUAUCUGACGGGGCACGACCUCCAGUUACAUUAGAGAGGACAUCACAUACACCAACAACAGCUUCAUUUCACACCACCAAACCAGCAUCUACGUAUUCUUUAUCCAGGCCGACUAUAUCUUCAUUAUCAUCACCUUCAUCUUCACUGAUGUCAUUUUCUUCGGCUCAUUCAUUGUCACCAAAACCACAAUCAAGUUUAAUGUGGAUCGUGAUUCUGUUGUUUAUUGCGAUGUUGAUGUUGUGUGGAUUCCUCUUGUUUAUUUACUUCAGGCGGAGUAAAACAAACAAAGGAUUGCAGCUCAGUGGUGUCACUAGUGGCUCAGAUGAGAAUCUGAACAAUGUACAGUUAAGACAAACCAGAGUCUCUGUCUGUGAAUAUGAAGAGAUCCAGCUUACAAAUGAUCCUCCAAUCUACAGUUUGCCCCGUCCUGUAUCUGAUGAAGAUGAUGCUCCUGUUUAUGCUUUAGCACUAAACGUCUCUGAUAAUCUCAACUAUUCCACCAUCAGAUUUACAGACCAUUCAGCCAAAACUUCUCCUGCUGGACAAACAACAAGUGAUUAUGCAACUGUUAUUCUGUAAAACACUGUCAGCAUCCAUCAACUCAGCUCAAACCAAGUAAUGUUACGUCUCCCAAUGUAACCACAUCUACAUACGACUGUAAAAUCUGGCACCUUGAUUCUGGAUAUUAUUUUAAUCUUUUUUAUUUGGAUAUUUUGAACCAGAGUUGUAUAGUACUUAAGUAUUUUUACUUUCUACAUAAACGUCAAUUUUCAAUUAUUCGUAUUUUAUUAGUGUUUUUCUUUGGAAAACAAACAUUCCAAAACAUAUUAUCAUAAUUUUUACUCCACUACAUUUCAUAAUUUCAAGUUUUUGGUUUAUAUUUAAUAUUUAAGUACAUUAAACAUCUAGUAACUUUUUGUACUUUUACUUAAGUAAAAAAUGUUUUCGUACUUUUACUCAAUAAAGUAAAAGUACACAAUUUUUAUGUAAUUAGGCAUUAAAUCAAUUUUAAUAUGCAAUAUAUAAUGAAUACACAGUAUGAUUCUAUGCUUUAGAAUGUAGUGAACAUUUUUUAGUAAAGAAAAGUAAAUUUUUUCCCAAGACAAACACUCUGAUAAAGCAUAGAUGCUUGGAAAAUGUAACUAAAAUACUUAAGUAUUAUACACCUCUGUUUUGAACUUAUGGUUUACAUUUCCAGAAAUGAUUAAACAUUUUGAAUCAAUGUCAUAAAAUAACAUUAAUUCCCCAUAUGACCUCAGUGAGUGUUGCAUCUACAAAUAUAUGAAAUUGUUUCUAAUUGUACAAUUUAUACUGAUUUUGGCAAAAUUACCAAGCACACACAAGUUUGUUUUCAAGACUGGAGUGAGAUUUAAAAAUUGUUUCCAUGAACUAUGUUGCAUUUUAAACGGCCCAUGGCAUGAACAUGUUAGCAUUGCUACUUUGUAGGUGUGAGCAAAAAAUAGGUCAUUGAAAUUUUGCCCUCUUUAUGAUGUCAUAAAGAGCUCUUAUUAUAAUAAUACCGCCCCCUUAAUGUGCACUAUUCAACCACAGCACUGCAAUUUAGUGCAGACAGAGAGAGAGAGAGAGAAAAAAUAACUGACAGCACAAUUGAGUUUGAAUUGCAUCAAACCACCAUCAUUGUGAUCAGUGUUUGCACUUCAUCAGCUCAUUUGCAUUUUAAAGGACACACCCAAAAUGACAAAUUUUUGCUCACACCUACAAAGUGACAAUGCUAACAUUUUCAUGCCAUGGGCCCUUUAAAUCUUUCUUGUUCAUACACUUUGGGGCAGUUUCUCUGACAGGGUUUAGGUUAAUCAAGGACCAGGUCUUGGUUAUAUUAGGGCAUUAAAGUAGUUUUUACAAACAAACCUUACAAAAAACACUACAGGUCUGCAUCUUGAGACAAAACAAUGACACUGAUAUAUGUUAAAAUAUGUCAAUGCAAUGAGUUUUUAAAUUAAGGCAGCUCAAACAUGCAUUUUAAUGUGGACUAGGAUAAGCCCUGUCUACCUGCCACUUUGGGGUGGUUUCCCAGGCAGGAAUUAACGAGCUCCCGACCAGUGUUGGGUAACUUACUCAAAAAAAUAAUUAAUUACUAGUUACUAAUUACAUCUUGAAUCAUGUAAUUAGAUUACUUUACAAAUUACUUUCUCCAAAAAGUAUUUAAUUACUUAUUACUAAUUACUUUCUAAAUCCUAUUCAAUAUAUGAUACAAGAAUAGGCUUGAAAUGGCUCAAAGAAAUAAUAUAUAAAUGUACAUCGACUAUUCUUGUCCCACUUUAUGGUCCAAUUAAUAGUGAGAAUUGUAAACUAAAACCAUGUUAAAUCCACUAUCAUAUUAUAGUAUACAAAGUAUUUAGUUACAUCAGAAGUAACUGUAAUUAGAUUACAAGAAAAAUAAGAGUAAUCCCUUACUUUACUUUUUCAAGGGAAAAGUAAUUAAAUUACAGUAACUAAUUACUUAGUAACUAGUUACACCCAACACUGCUCCCGACGAACUGGAUGGCGCCUUGCAUGGCUGACGAGUGAAUGGGUGAAUGUGAGGCAAAUUGUAAAGCGCUUUGGAUGGCCAUAGGUCUGUUAAAAGCUCUAUAUGAAUGCAGUCCAUUUAAAACUUAAACCAGGACUAAGCCUUAGUUUAAUUAGGAAAUAUAACUAGUUUUAACAAACAUGCCUUACUAGAAACAUUACUGCGUUUUGAGGAAAAACAAAGGGCACUGAUAUUUUAAGAUAAGUGAGUGCAAGUUGUUUUCCGACAUUUAUUUUAGUCUUGGACUAGUCUCAUCCAUGUCUGUGAAACCACUCAUAUAAGUUUAAAUAAUUGCCACUGUUUUUACCCAAUCAACUGAUUCCAGUUUGUAAAUAAACAAAUGUAGAUUUAGAGAGUCCAGAGGUGUUCAAACUUAA